ACUAUAUAAUGACUGUUUUUAUAACAGUUAUGUUAAACAGAUAUAAGGCUAAUUAGAGAGAGAUAAAUAUACCCCUAGGGCCUAUAGGUACAUGUUUAAAUUCUUGAAGGGAUAAUGCAUAUGACAAAAUCUCACUUGCAAAAUUUGUUCACUAUAUAUAUGAAUGUUGAAAGAAAACAUUUUAUCAGAUUUAAAAAUGAGCUCCAAGAGUGUACUGGAACAUUUUACUGUUCCUGAUGACUUCCAAAAUGGAAAUACUUUCAAAGGAAAAUGUAUGCAUUGUGGCACCCUCAUUAGUGGAAGUUAUAAAGUUACAUCCAACUUUGUUACACAUAUGAAGAGAAAACACAGAGAUUUGUACAUUCUGCAUUCUGAGAAUAAAGAAAUUCAACCAACAUUGACACAAUGCAUAAAAAAAAGUGUAAAAUAUUCACCGUCUGAUCCAAAACAGUUAGAAAUGACAAAUGCUCUUAUAAUGUUCAUAGCUGGGGAUCUUUUACCACUCUCUAUUGUCGAAAGUGAAGAAUUUAAAAACUUGAUGUAUGUUCAGGAUAUGCCUCAAAAAGCCAGUUAUAAACUUAAAAAACACAAAAAGUCUUGUUGUAUGUCGAACGUCAAAUGUGCAACGUUAAAACCUGUUAAAGGUACAUUGGAUGUACAAGUCAAAGGAAAUGAUACUGGACAGAUCAAUAAAAAGCAAACAGAAAGUUUAAAAGUACACAACCAAGAAAACGGCAGUGAUGAAAAGACGAACGGAUUCAAACUGACAUUGGCGAAAAUCCUUAAGCGAAACAAAUCAAAAGAGAAACGAGAACAAGAAACACUUAUCAAAAAGGACAGUCAAAGGUCUGGCCAAGGAGAUACAGAAAAACCCCAAAAUGUACAAAAGUGUGAUACUGGGGUACCAAGUACGACUCUUAAAUCUGCUCAAAGUAUCAUUAUCAAAAAUACUGAAGCAUCAGAGGAUUAUUAUGAAGAAUACAAAAAUAACAAUUACCUUAUUGUUGCGGCACUGGAUUUUGGUACAACUUAUUCCGGAUUUGCAUUCUCCUUGAUAGCGAAUAUGAAUGACAAGCCCUUAGAUAUUUAUGUUAAUGAAUCAUGGAAUGCUGGAGGAAGGCAACUGUUGUCUUUGAAGACACCAACGUGUUUACUUUUAGACGCCGAACGGAAUGUUUCUGGAUUUGGUUAUGAAGCAGAAAAUAAAUAUACUGAUAUUGUGUUGGAUAAACAGCAGGCUGAUUAUUAUUAUUUUUACCGGUUUAAGAUGGAACUUUAUAAUAGAAAGAACGUAAAAGCCGAUAUGGAAAUUCAAGAUGUUACUGGAAAAUCGAUUCCGGCCAUUGAAGUUUUUAGUAAAUCCAUAAAGGCCUUGGCAGAUAAUGUGUUUGAACUGGGAGUAACGCGGGGUUUUAGGUUCAAGAUGCAUGAUAUUAAGUGGGUUCUUACCGUACCAGCAAUUUGGUCUGAUGCGGCAAAGGAAUUUAUGAAAGAAAGUGCAACUAAGGCUGGUAUUCCAAUCCAUCAACUGUAUUUAGCACUAGAACCUGAGGCAGCAUCUAUCUAUGGUCAGUAUUUUACAUCAAAUGAAGUCGAGAAAAGUGCUGUUGGGAAGUUUAUUGCCAAAACAGGCACAAAGUUUAUGGUCGCUGACCUAGGUGGCGGAACAGCUGAUAUCAUAGUCCAAGAGAAACUUGAGAAUGGUCAUUUGAAAGAACUUCAUCAUGCAAGUGGCAAUGAUUGCGGUGGAACUUCAGUCGAUAGAUCGUACCUACAAAUAUUUGAAGAAAUAAUGGGGGCAAAAACAGUUACAAAAUUACAGAAAGAAGAUCCUUUAACAUUUUUGGAUCUUUGUCGAGAGUUUGAAGUAUUAAAGAGAACUAUUAGUCCGUCAAAAGAAGACAGGGUUAACAUAACUAUUCCAAUUGUAGGCUUAAAUGAUAUAUGUGAUAAAUACUUAAAGAAAGAUUUUACAAACGCACUCGCUUUGUCUCCAUAUGCGGACAAAAUAAGAGUGUGGAAAGACAAAGUUCGUAUUGAUGCAUCUUUUAUAAAGGCUUUAUUUACUCCAACGAUUAAUGGUAUUAUAAUGGUUAUCAAAGACAUACUAUUGUCCGUGUCAGGAGUAACUCAGAUAUUACUAGUAGGGGGAUUUUCAGAGUGCAUACUAGUUCAAGAUGCAGUACGUCGGUCAUUUGAAGAGUCGCAUAACAUGAAAGUCAUUGUUCCUAAGGAUGCAGGAAUGUCCGUGUUAAAAGGAGCCGUAUUAUUUGGCCAUAAACCUAAUUAUAUAGUUUCUCGAAAAAUGAGGUACACAUAUGGCGUGUUUACGAUGGAGGAUUUUAACCAGAAAAUUCAUGAUAAAAAAUAUAUGAUUAGUGUUAAUGGUCGAGUGAAAUGUACCAAACUGUUUUCACCAAUCAUCAUGCUGGACGAUACCGUCAAAAUAAGACAGGAAUUUAUUUUUACUCUUAAAACGAACAGAGAAUUCCAACCCGACUUAUGCUUGCCUGUUUAUUGUUCCACUAAAGCAAAUCCAAAAUACACAGAUGAGGAAGGAUGUUAUGAGUUAGGAAAAAUAACUAUAGACUUUCCAAAUCCAUCAAAAGAUAUACGAUCGAUCCAAGUAAGCUUUAUAUUUGGACAUACAGAACUUGAAAUUAGCGCUGUAGAUCAGACAUCCGGGAAAGCGAUAUCAUCACGGUUAAACCUAAUUUAA